AAAUUGCGCGGCAACCAUUUCUGUUGUUUAUGUUGUGUAGCUGCACCGUAUCUGUGGCAUCGUUCUCGUUUCUCUACUUUCGAUCGCCCGCAUAUUAUGUGCUCAAAAUGUCCUGCACAUCAGAAGAAAUAGCAGAAAAACGUCGGCUAGCUAUAGAACGCUUGAACGCCCGUAAAAAGUGUGUUGAAAAUCAGCCAAACAGCAGCACGAGCUCCAACGGCGAUGGCGGUGGUGUCCAACGAACCACGGCGUUAGGAACGGCAGCAAACAAGACACCAUUCAGCAUUAGCACGUUUUACGGUGGAAAUCAAUCGACGUUCGGAAAGGUGAGCUCGGCUCUACAUUCCAAACGAGGUUCAACGGCGACAGCUCCAUACGCGAAACCGGGUCAGAAGCAGACCAGCACUCCCGCAAAGGUGGCACCGAUUUUUGUCCGGACGGUUACCUGCGCUUGUUCCAUCGUUUCGGAAAGUAGAUUCGUUGUCGAGACGAACGGAUUCAAUGAAUCGAUGAUAGAAGUAUUCAAACAAAUUCCUUCCAAAAUGUAUGAAUCUGCCACGAGAAAAUGGACGUUUGAGAUAAAAGAUUACCCCAUGCUGCUGGAACGGAUCAGUACCCUCGCUCCACACGUUACAAUCGUGGCCAUUCCAAAGUUUGUGAUGCAGGAGUUUGCAGGUGGACCGAAAGCAAAACCUAGCCGCGUGUGCCUGAACGGAAUCGAACCAUCGCUCGUCGAAAGCUUGCUCGAGUUCCAGAAGGAAGGGGUUGCGUUUGCCAUCGACAAGGGUGGCCGGGUGCUGAUUGCGGAUGAGAUGGGUCUGGGCAAAACGUACCAAGCCAUCGCGGUAGCCGAUUUUUAUCAGCAAGAUUGGCCACUGCUCGUCUGCACCACCGCAUCAACGCGCGACAGCUGGGCGCACAAGAUCCGCCAGCUGCUUCCCCACAUCCCGGUACACCACAUAGCGGCCCUGAACAGUGGCCAGGAUUAUAUUGCCGAAUGUCGCGUACUGAUCGCGAGCUACUCCAUGAUGGAACGUUGCGGCGAGAAGUUGCUCGACCGUGGUUUCGGCACACUGAUCUUCGACGAAUCACACACGUUGAAAAACUUUAAAGCAAAAUGUACAACCGUGGCGUGCGCGCUGGCAAAACGGGCCCGCCGGGUUGUGCUCCUCUCCGGCACACCUGCCCUCUCGCGUCCGGCAGAACUGUUCACCCAGCUGCAGAUGCUCGACGGUCGGUUCUGCAGCUUCAAGGAGUACAGUACACGGUACUGUGCGGGAAAGCAGAGUAACUUUGGCUGGGACGCAUCCGGGCAGUCGAAUCUGGCCGAGCUGAAUCUGCUGCUCGGGAGAAAGUUCAUGAUCCGGCGCACGAAGGAUGAGGUUUUGUCGGAGCUGGCGGAAAAGAACAGGGAAACGGUGGUGCUCGAUCCGUCUUACCUGUGGACGAACGAGGAGGUGGAGGAAAAUAUAAAUUCUUACGCGAGCGAUUACACGACGAGCAAGGGACGGCAGCGGGAGGAAGCGCUUAUCAAAUACUACAGUGUAACGGCGGAAGCUAAAGCGCCGGCUGUGUGCGCCUACCUGAAGCAGGUUUUAAAGGAGAAAAAGAAAUUUAUCGUCUUUGCCCACCAUCACGUCAUGCUGGACGCCAUUGGGAAGUGUUUGGCGAAGCAGAAGGUAGAUUUUAUUCGAAUCGAUGGCUCAACUCGGUCGGAUCUACGGGCUUCGUUGGUGGAAAAGUUCCAAACGAAAGCUUCCUGUCAUGCCGCCGUUCUCUCGCUAAAAGCAUGCAAUACAGGCAUUACACUAACCGCAGCCCAGCUGGUACUGUUUGCCGAGCUUGAUUGGAAUCCAAGUACUUUGGCGCAAGCCGAAAGCCGCGCCCAUCGUAUCGGGCAAGCGGAUAACGUUACCGUGCGCUACCUGCUGGCAAAGAAAACCGCCGACGACAUCAUCUGGACGAUGUUACAGCGCAAACAGGAAACGCUCAGUCGCGUUGGACUGUGCAAUGAAGACUUUUCCGACGCGUCCAGUGUGCAAGCACCGAGCGAUGCAGGCAACAUCGAACCAUUCCUUAACAAAUCACACUCACCGGUAGGCGGCAGGAACUCGUUGGGCAAGGGAACGCUCGACGCGUUUGUUGUACGUUCAAACCCAGCCACCCCGAACACAUCGAACGAAAACGAGUGCCUAACCAGCUUUCUCAAUCCGGACGAUGAUGAUGAUGAUUUGGCCGAUUUGGAGUUGUAAGCCGCUUAGAAAUCACAAUGAACGAUGCUCGUUUUGUUUUUUCAGGAAAUAA